AACACAAUCGAGGUUCCCAACAGUUUUGGGCGCGACGGGUCUCUCUCUCUCUCUCUGAAGAAGAAGAAGAAUGCCACACCGAAGAGGUGGCGGUUUCCAGCGGAAGACGCAAUACGUAGCCUCAACCUCAGAAAAUGAAACCAGACCCCAGCAAAAUUCAGAAGGAACACUGACCAAAAUAUCUCGGGAGGCCGUGGGAAAGCUUUUAUGUCGUGCUAAUAAAGUUGGCACCUCCAGGAAGAAGAGGACGCCUGAGUUUGAGCCAGAGCAAAAUGGAACUCAAGUCAUGGAACCAUUUCUCCAACAAAAGACUUCGGAGGUUGGUCAUUGUAGUAGAAAUUACAUGGAGAACGCUUCUAUAGGGGAGAAAUGUAGUAAUUUAGAUCAGGACUACUUGGAUAACCAGGAAGAACAAGAUGACUCAGAUUGGGAAGAUGGUACAGUUGCCAUGGAUGAUCAGCAUGUGACAAUUGAAUUGAAUGUAACCCCUCAUUCAACUGUACAGAAGCAAAUUCGUCGAGCUUCUGCUGAAGAUAAGGACUUGGCUGAACUCAUACACAAGGUUCAUUUGCUCUGUUUACUUGCUCGAGGAAGAUUAAUCGACAAUGCUUGUGAUGACCCUCUCAUUCAGGCUUCUUUGCUUUCGCUACUUCCAGCACAUUUACUCCAUCUAUCGAGUGUCACAACAAAACUCACUUCAAAAGCCUUACAUCCUUUAAUAUCAUGGUUCCACAAUAAUUUCCAUGUUAAAAACUGUACGAAUAGAGAAACUUCACCAGGCUUUGCUUUGGCAUCAGCUUUAGAAUCACAUGAGGGCAGUCCUGAAGAGAUUGCAGCAUUAUCAGUGGCACUAUUAAGAGCUUUAAAUCUUACAGCCAGGUUUGUGUCCAUUUUGGAUGUUGCGUCUCUCAAACCAGAUCAAUCCUUUAGACCAGUUGCAAGUGGAUCUAGUAAGGGAAUAUUUAAUACUUCUACACCAAUGGUAACUAAGCGAAAAUUGGAUUUUAAGUCACCUCAAGAAUCAUUAUCUUGUAACAAGAAAGAAAAUGUCUGUGAAAGUUCUCCUGUCCAUUCACGGAGAAGUAAGAAAUGUCGUGUGACAAGCCACAUGGCUCAAUCUAGUGAAGACUUGACUGAUAGUGUUACAGACUCACAGACUUCUGAGACACAUAAUAACCCUGAAUCAUGUCUCAGUGACAGAUCUCAAAAAUCAAAGAGGAAAGGGGAUCUUGAAUUUCAGAUGCAAUUGCAAAUGGCUCUUUCUGCUACAGCAAUUGGAUGUCAGGAGAGCAAAAAGGAGUCAGGUGCAAAUACUGAUUCAUCAAAUUUUUCUUGUCCAUCAAAAGGAAUGAAAAGGGUUACAGGUGAAGAAUCUUCAAACUGCCCCCAAGUAAUUUCUACAGCAAUUGGAUCAAUGAAAGUGGGAUCUCCUCUGUAUUGGGCAGAAGUGUAUUGCAGUGAAGAAAAUUUGACAGGAAAGUGGGUGCAUGUUGAUGCUGUGAAUUUGAUUGUUGAUGGAGAGGACAAGGUUGAAGCCAUGGCAGCUGCAUGCAAAACAUCUUUGAGAUAUGUUGUUGCUUUUGCUGGGCAAGGGGCCAAAGAUGUGACCCGCAGGUACUGCAUGAAGUGGUACAAGAUAGCAUCACAUCGAGUUAAUUCAAUGUGGUGGGAGUCAGUGUUGGCACCAUUGAGACACUUAGAGUCUGGGGUAACUGGAGGUGUGGUUGAUUUGACAACAAACCAAAUCCUUGCUUCAGAAUCCAACUUGAGCAAUUCUUUUGCCUCUACAAGGAGCUCUAUUGAGGAUAUUGAGUUGGAAACUAGGGCCUUAACUGAGCCGCUUCCAACCAAUCAGCAGGCCUACAAAAGUCAUCCACUUUAUGCCCUAGAAAAAUGGCUUACAAAGUAUCAAGUGCUUCAUCCAAAGGGCCCAAUUCUUGGAUUUUGUUCAGGUCACGCAGUUUACCCUAGGACGUGUGUGCAAAUAGUUAAGACAAAAGAGAGAUGGCUCCGGGAAGGGCUGCAAGUUAAACCCAGUGAACAUCCUGUGAAGGAGCUUCAACGUUCCAUAAAGCCUCAAAAAGUACAAGAUUCUGAAGCCGAUGACUAUGGCUGCACUGUUUCUAAGGAAAAUAUUAAACUUUAUGGGAAAUGGCAACUGGAACCAUUAAAUCUGCCUCAUGCUGUGGAUGGGAUAGUUCCUAAGAAUGAACGUGGUCAGGUAGAUGUUUGGUCUGAGAAAUGUCUUCCACCAGGGACUGUGCACUUACGGUUUCCAAGGGCAUUUUCGGUUGCCAAGAGGCUUGAAAUUGAUUAUGCACCUGCUAUGAUUGGUUUUGAAUUUAAAAAUGGUCGUUCAUAUCCUGUCUUUGAUGGUAUUGUGGUGUGUGCUGAGUUCAAGGAUGUACUGCUAGAGGCAUAUGCUGAGGAAGAUGAAAGACGACAGGCUGAAGAAAAGAGAAGGGAUGAAGCACAAGCUCUUAGUCGGUGGUACCAGCUUCUUUCAUCUAUUGUAACUCGUCAAAGGUUAAAUAAUCGUUAUAAUAACAGUUUGUCAUCAGAGAUGCCAUCAACUAGUGUCCAAUGUACGAAUGUUAACGAGUCAAAUGCCACAGUUUGUGGUAGUUAUGACAUGAAUCAGACUCCAAGACACCAACAGGUGGACGAACGGGAUACUGAUAUUGAUGCUUCAUUAUGUACUCCAGUAAAAGACCAUGAGCAUGUAUUUUUGAAAGAGCUCGAGAACUUUGAAAAGGAAACAGCUCUAUUGACAAAGCGAUGCAAAUGUGGAUUUUCAGUCCAAGUAGAAGAAUUAUAGUAUCCAUUAGGAAAAACACUUUCUGCCUAGAUGCUAUCUAUCUCUAUAAUGCUUCCAUUAAUGAAAGACGUUGUAUGGAUUUUUCUCCCCCGUUUUGCAAUCAGUGUAGGGAGUCAUGCCGUUGUUUUAUGAGUGACGUGGGAUUAGAUUAGAUGGCUUCGGCUCUACAACUAGGCUGUAACCUGAAAGAUUUAUGCGCUUAACUAAGUCAUGAUUAGUCAGUAAAAUAUUUAUGAUUUUCUCAUUUAUUUUAUCAUCUUUAAUUUUUAUUUCAAGUCUAUUCAUC